AGAGUCAAAACCUUACGUCAUACGCGUGCGAUCAACAAGUCCUCUUAUAACUGAUAAUCUUUGUUGACUUUGCUCUAAACUGAUUUUUGAUAACAAAACUGAAAACAAAACUAUGGACGCAACUAAUUUUAAUAACGACAAACCUGAAGUGGUCGAAAAGUUUGAAUAUAUGGAAGAUGUUAGUCGGGUCAUGUCGGUGACGUCAAGUACUCGAUCGCCACAAACUAAAAAUUAUUUAGCUAAUAAGUGUGGUGGAAUACAAAAACGUGCAUUCGUACCAACAGUGCCAAAACCUUUCAAAUUUUAUACUGAAUCGUGGGCCAAUAACUCUUGUAAUAAAGAAAAUUCCCCAAAAUCACCAUUUAUUCCUUUAGCUCUCAGUGUGCAACAAUUUUUAGACAAUCCAACCAGAUUCGAUGCUAAGUCUGAUAAAGUACGUUCAAAUACCUUAACUGAACCGAAAUCUCCGUACUUGCGCACUAAAUAUAGGUCUAAACCCACUACUAUAUUACCUACAGAAGAGCGUAAAAUAAGGGAAAUGAGAGGUUAUAGAUUCAAGGCUAACCCAUUAGAUCGAAAGAUCCUUGAAAAUAGGAAUUUCGGAAUCCCAAAAGUACAAAAGCCAAAGUUGACUGAACCAUAUUCACCGGCCAUAACGAAACCUAAGCCACCAAGACCGAAGAGUCCUUCACCACCACGUGUCAUUAAAGCUAAUCCCGUACCUGAUUAUAAAGAACCAUAUAGACCGGUGCUUGAACACCGGUUAAUCGAAUUACCAGUGUUUAAUUUACCUGGUGAGGAAAUUUCCAAGAGGAAAUCACAAGAAAUUGAAGAAAGGAUUCGUCAAGAAAAAGAGAGAAUGGAAAAGAUGCGUGAAUUUAAAGCGCAACCACUUCUUACUGGUUCCCCUGAUUGUCUGCCUACACGUCCUUAUCAUCCACCAACUCACCCGAAACCAUUUGCAUUGUUAACUAAUGAUCGUGGAGAAAAAUAUCAAAGAGAAUUUUAUGAGAAAGUGAGAAAAGAGCAGGAAUAUAUUAAGGAAAGUCGAUUCCAUGCACAACCUCUCCCCAAUUUUGAGCCCAAAAUUCCUAGAAAACCUGAAUGUCCUCCACCAACAGAACCAAUUGGUUUUUUCUUUUUUACUGAUACUCGUAUGGAAGAACGUCAUAUUUAUGACGAACACAGAAGAUUCCGAGAGAAGGAAGCUGAGGAACAAAGAAUAGCAAAGAUCAUGGAGGAAGAGGUACGCAGUGCGGAGGAAAUCCAUCGGUUAAGAGCAGAUUUAGUUCAUCACGCUCAACCUAUUCGAUAUUAUACACCGAUAAAUAUACAACCAUCGGAUAAAAAAUCGACAAGACCAAUUUCUCCCAUGAUCGGUGAAAAACGACGUAAAUACAUGCAAAUGUUGGAUAAUUACGAAGGGCGUCCUUAA